ACUUGCGUGUGAAGCACCCUUCAGACCACAUCUGCAAUCAGUGCGGCUACUCCUACCUGAACGAGCUGGGCCUCCGCUCGCACUUGCGCAGGAUUCACCGCUUGGACAAAGUCGAGGUGAGACCUUGCCGCUACAGUACUACCACUAUGCCGAUGUACCUGCGCAGACAGCAAGUACACGUCAUACAUGACGCACUUGCGUGUGAAGCACCCUUCAGACCACAUCUGCAAUCAGUGCGGCUACUCCUACCUGAACGAGCUGGGCCUCCGCUCGCACUUGCGCAGGAUUCACCGCUUGGACAAAGUCGAGAAUCCAGACGGGCCGCUGUGCGAGGAGUGCAACGUGCGCUUCGCGAGCAGUGCGGCCUACAAACAGCAUCUGAAGGUUUCGCCCAAACACUUCACUCCCGAAACGCGGCGAGUCAACCAGGCGGUGCCGCCGCGCUGCUACAGCAAGGGCAGUGGUCGCCACAAGCGGAGGCGGGGAGACCCCGCUGACGUCAUCACUUGCGAACAGUGUGGCAUCGAACUCAAAGACUUCUUGCGGUAUACAUUCCACUUCAAGCGCGAGCACCCCGACAAGAACCGAACGCAGUUCUCUCCCAACAAUCAGAAAGUGUUGUGUGAGCUGUGCGGAAAACACUUUCAGUCACCACACCAUCUGAAAUACCACAUGACGAAACACACGGGCCAGAAGGACUUCCAGUGCGACGUGUGCGAGAAACGCUUCCGGAUCAAGGCCUUCCUCGACAAGCACAAGGAGACGCACAUGGCGAUGACGGUGCGGCGCCUCUACACGUGCGCCGUGUGCGACAAGAGCUUCACUUGCCAGUCCAGCCUCAACCGACACGUGUGGAUCCACAGAGGAAAGUCCUUCAAAUGCGAAAUCUGCGAGAAAGCGUUUAGCAACGCCUCGGAACGCAACUGCCACGUGUCUCACGUACACAUGAAGGUGCCUUGGCCGAAGCGAAACCGCGGCCCCAACCGAGUCCGACGACCUUCCUUAACUAAACACGAGAACUAUGACGAAUGACGUUCUUAAGUGCAGUGUAUAGUGCAGUAAAAGUGAUGUCAAACCAGUAGUCAUACAUUUGUAACAAUUCCAAACAAUGUGACCCAAUUUAUAACACCAUAAACACCAAGACUCAGUGUGACUGUGGCGGCUUACACUCAUGACACUAAUAAUGGCAUGCGACAGAGUGGCAUACUGAAGAUAAUUCCUAGAAAAUCCUUAUAUAAUUACUAGCUGAUACCCGCGGCUUCGUCCGCGUGGAUUUACAUUUUUAAAAUCCCGCUGGAACUCUUUGAUUUUCCGGGAUAAACAGUAGCCUAUGUGUUAAUCCGGGGUUUAAA